UCUUUGAAAACAGGUGAAUGCGGCCACCGGUUCCUUCUUUUGUACAUAAAUUAACAGUUUUACCGUACUCUAGACAAGAUGGAAUUUGUGCCAAAAUGCAGUGUUAUAUUGAACGAAUUCCAGCUGACUUUUGUGCAGGGAAACCGUUGGUAAUGCACAGGUUUUUGUUGCCGAAAUUGUGAACUAAAUUGUCUACGGCUUGUGUGUGGUGUGUGGUCUGUGUGUGCAAAACAGCACCUGGCUGGAUUUGUGCAGCCAGUUGAAAGAGAGGACAACAGAACGAACAAAAUGGUGAAAGGAUUUUUCAAGAGUGUAGAAGGAGUGCUACAGCUUUCUCCUGGGGUGACAGUUAUAGGCAGGGAGAAUUGUGAUAUCAAUAUAGAGUCUUCAACAGUGGAGCUUCAGCAUGCUGUUAUUGAGUAUAGUGACAGUGAAUAUUGCUUCGUUUUACAAGAUCUCAACACCGCUCAUGGAACAUACGUUAACGACUGUCGUGUGCAAAAUGCUGCAGUCCGGUUAGCCCCCGGUGAUAUCAUACGAUUUGGAUAUUCAGGAAUUCCAAUGGAACUGGAUGUUGAAGAUGCUCCAAUGGUAUCAUACCCACCUGUUCAGCAGCGACCGGCAUGGGGCACACCCCUCAGAGUCAUCAACGACCACGUUCCCGUCACUGGCCCCACCCAACAACAACAACAACUCCCCCACCUUGCCAAUAACACUGACUCCGCCUACCCUGCUGGUCUCGGCCAAUCACAGCUGCCUAUGAUAUCCACGGCCCCGCCCUCCACCAAUCAACCCUCAACGUGGACCUCAACUGUCCAACCAACAGCAACUGUAGUUAUCCCGAGACCUCCAAGGCCGAGGCCCUCUAGUGCCGGGAAUCGGAGAGGAAGUGGGGGAAAUGCAAUGGUCAGUAACAACAGUCCGUCGGGUAGCCCGGGACCACCAAGGAGAGUAACCACAGGGUGGGUCAGUUCAGCCGGAGCGAGGACUGUCGUCACAUCCCAGCAGGUGGCUGGUAGUCCUGGUACUCGUGCCUCACCGGUCAACGAGAUGAUUGCUCUUCAAGAAAAAGAGCAGCGUUUGUUACGCAUGGGAGACGAAAUCAAUCGCCUCGCCGUCUUCGAGUCGGAAUCCCAGCGGAAAGACGGUGUGAUCGCCCAGCUUCGAGACGAGAUGGAGGCGAUGACCUCCGACCUCAGCAGGUCGGUCAAACCAACUGCUGGGGGUGACGCAAGUCACUCUCUCGCCCUGCACACGAGGGUGAAAGAACUGGAGGGAGAUAUUCACGUGAAGCAGCUUGAGAUCAACGCACUGAAAGACCAGAUGACAAAAAUGCGACCAGAAAGUUCAGAUCCGAUGGACAACGUAGCAAACUUACGCAGCGUCAUCGUCCAGAAAGAUCGAGAUCUCACCUCUCUGAAACAAGACUUGGACCGGUCCAAGAAAGAGAAAGCCACAGCCAACAGUCUAGUCACCACACUACAGAGGGACAUGUCGAAUCGGGACAAUACCAUUUGUAGGAUGAGGGGUGAAUCAGAGAUUGUCAAGAGAGAGUUGAGAGAGAAGGAGGUCUCAUUAUCAGCAAUGACAGCUAAGUUGAUGGAAUCGGAGGUAAAUAAUAAACAACAACAAGAAGAAGCUGUCCGAAAGGGCCGUGAGGUUAAACAAAAUUUGGAUAAACUACGAGCCUCUGAGACCAAGGUGGGUGAGCUGACUCAUGAGAUUGCGGCUCACAAAGAGGACAUCCAGAAGAUGAAGAAACACAUCCUUGAAGAAAAAGAGACGGAGGAGAAGUAUAAAUCAGAGAGGGACCACGCCAAGACACAAUUUCUUGACAUCCAGAGGCUGGAGAAGACGGCCAAGGCUGAUGUUGAGCAAAUGCAGAAAAGGUUGGAGCGCUUCCGCACCCGCGUCAUGCAGACAACAUUUUCCACUCCCGGGUUCAAGAUGCCGGACCAAGACGCCGAUGUCAGCGACGACACCAUCGUCGAGACGAUGAAGAAAGUGAUUGACGACAGAACGGAUGUCAGGAAUAAACUCCGGGAUUUGAAGGAGAUCAACAAGGGUCUGGAAGCUUACAAGAAAGAUUCCAAGACCCACGGGAAGACGCUCAAGCAGCAGAUGGUUUCGUUGGAGAAACGUCUCCAAGACGGGGGUAGGACUUGCACCCACCUCCGCAACGAGAUCAAACUCCUAUCAUCGGUCACCGUGGACGAGAGCCUCCAAGGAGUUAAAGACACCGUUGCUAUGAUGCUACAGGAUGAGUUGUCAUGGCAACAGGAGUAUGAGAAUGUAUUGGAGAAGUGCGGUGUAGAUGUCAACACUCCCGGACAGGGUCUGGCUGCUUUCAUUAACAAUCUGAAAUCGGCAAAGGAGGUUGCGCAGAAAGAGGCGGCGGAAGUCCAGUCAAAGUUUAACAAACUGGAGAAGACAUUGAAGAGCGAUACGAGCCAAGAAGUUGGACGUCUCAAGAGCGAAUACGAAACUAAACUGGCUGAUGAACUAGAGAAGACUCGACUUGAAGCCGAUAAGAAGCUCCAGACGACGCUUGAUGAGGUACGCCAAGAGGAGCUGGUCAAGAGAGAGAACGCUCUGAAGAUGCAGACAAAGAGAGUGAAACAACAAGAAGCCGUGAUUCAAGAGCUCAGACAGGCGAUGACGGAGAAAAACUCAACAGAAGGAAAGCUGGAAUCUCUUGAAAGGCAAUAUGAGGAGAGAUUACGGGAGUCUGCAGCAGCUGAGAAGAGGCUGAGUGACGAAUUGACCUCAUUCAAUGAGAAGUAUCAAUCGGAGUUGAGCGUCUUACAAGACAAGAUGGCCACAACGGAGAGACAACACUUGACGGAGACGGGAGCGUUCAGAGAGCAGAUUAAACAACAUUCUCUGACCAUCGUGGCCUUGGAGGAUAAGAUCAUCAAAUCCGGGAAAGACUUGGCCAAGGGUCAGGCCAAGGUAGUUGAACUACAACAGAAACUCUCAGAGCAAACCAAGAGGUCUCAGGAGACGUUGUUGAAGUUCCAGCAGCAAGCUAGUAAGCCACAACUACCUCCUAAACAAGUCAUAGUCCAGCAACCGGCCGCAGAUGUCAAAGGCAUGGAACAGCUCAUCGUCCUGCUCAAGCGGGAAAACUCUGAUAUAAAGAAGGAGGUCCAAAACCAACAAGAUAUUAUCCUCGGCCUCCGGCGGGACCUGGCAGGUGCGUCUGCGCGCCUCUCCGAUAUGACCGGUGAGCUGAACGAGCGACAGAAAGAGGAACUCGAAAACAACCGAGUGUUGAUACGAGACCAAGAUGCCGAGCUGACCACUCAGAGGCAGCAGCUCGUCAAACUCUCAGAACUCGUUGACAAGAAGACGAGCGAGAUAGAGAGGUUAAUCAAGGAUCUCGGUGGUCAGAAGGAGUUGGUUUCCAAACACAAGCAAGAAUCGUUGAUGCGAGGGGAUGAGUUGGCGAAGAUACAGGGGCAGCUUAAUCAUGAGCAGGAGAACAGCAAACGAGCCCUGGAGCAGGUCCAGCAAGAAGGAAUGAUCACCAGCGAGAUGUCGGCUUUUGGAGCUCAGUGUCGCGGGGAGAGACACUCUCAAGUCAUCGCGAGACAACGCGAAGCCCUCGCUGAGUUGAGGUCACGUAUCAAAGGAAUGGAAUCAAAUAGACCUCCAUUACCCACCCAAGACCAAGCUCUUCAACAGGUGAUCCUCCUCAAGAAGGAACUAGCCGAGAUGCGAGCCAAGCAGGCCCAGAUCAUCGACCAAGGAGCCAACCCCGAGGCCCUGCUGGACCGAGAGGUCGCCAAGGCUCGCGGGCAAAUCUCAACGGCGUCGUCCGACGCUGCGAUCGAGCGUAGUGCUCGGGUAGAAAUGCAACAUAGUCUGGAAAUCAGCGAACAGUCGUAUCUCAAGCUAGCCAAGUCAGUUGCCAAUCUGCUGAGUCUUGGUGAGGUCGCAGGUCAAGAGUCAAUGGGUCACCUACCAAGAGACGAGCGAGAGAAACUCGACGGUGAGCGUGCCAACACCAACGAGUUGAUAGCGAGUCGUCUGCGCACACUGAACCAGAGGCUGGAUAGGAAAGAUGAGCUACUCAAGGAUUACGAGAAGGAUUUAGAGAAGCUGCGAUUGGCUGAGAGGCUGGCCAAUGAGAAAGCUACGCAGGUGGAGACUCUCGCUAACGAUCUUCGUGGGCGAUCCGAGGAGGCUCACUAUUUACGUGAGACGUUGAAAAGAACCCGAGAAAGCUUAGACCAGGAGAGACAACUAAAUAGAGCCAUCAAGAGUAAAAAGACAUUCCAUUUGGAGAAUGAUGAUAAAAAUAACAAGCAGACGUGGCCAAAGCAUAACUGCUACGAGGAUGAAAUGACCAAAAUUAAGAAGGAUGGAAAGAAAAAAGCGCAGAAAGACAAAAUGCUGAGGAAGAGUUACGAAUUGUCAAGCUUAAAAGCGGAACUGAGCGAAAAAGACCAGCAACUAUGCGACACCACUGCUAAACUUAUCAACCUAGAAAAUGCUGUGGCAAUAAGUUGAGCUUCAUAUUGGACUGGACCAUUUUGAUAGGUUUCGCACUACAACUUUCGUACCUUUGAGUAUUCAUUCACGCUUGAUUUUCUACAUAGCUUGUAAAUGUUAAUCAUUUUUUUUAUCUUGAGGAGAUGAAAACCCAGAAGUAUCUCCAAACAUUUUACAAAAUUGUUUAUUUGUUUCGUCUGACUCGUUAGCUUCUUAAUGUUUUAAUAUUUGGGAUUUAGAUUUUAUCCGACAGAAAAUUUGUAUUGCUAUUGUUUGUAAUUAGGAAAGAGUUUAUUUUGUCUGAAAGAUAGUCGAGUAACUAUUUUGUAAUUAUGUAAAAAUAGAAUAAAUUGAUGUAUAGUCAGAAUUAUGGUCUGCAAGUUAUUGUCUAAAGUUUGUAAGUGUACAAAAAUAUAGUAUUUUCGUGAUGUUAUUAUGUGAAAGAGUUUAAUUCAUUUUUCACUUUGAUCUAGCCCGCGGUUUAUAAUGGAGAAUACAAGCAAAUAUCAUUAUUACCGGCAGUGUAAUAUAUUCACAAUUCUUUCUGUAAUGGGAAACUUUCUCAAAAUGUUUUUAAAAAAAAACCUUGUUUAAACAUUUGUUUCAAAGUAAUCUACGCAAACAUUUUCAAUAAAAUUUACCCCCACAUGGCGUGCUAUACGCACGUAAGGUUAAACUUUUAUAGAGCUGCUUUUAAUAUUGCUUUAUUCUUCUCUACCAAGCACAAUUAUGCAGGAAUCGUGAUAUAAAAGCACUAAAAAUGUUGGCUUGAAUAGGAAAUCAUUGUAUUCUCUAAUUUCGGAGAAACUGUCUUAAAUAAGGCCUCAACAAAUGUCGGGAAAGUUAAACGCAAACACAACGAUCGUCUUAUUGUCAUAUUGAGGCUGAUUGUAAAUAAUUUUCUAGGAAAUGUUUUGUAAAUGGAGUUCUAAAAAAAUGAUCAUUAAAGACACUGGACACUAUUGGUAAUUGCAGUUGGUCUUCACAGUUGGUGUACCUCAACAUAUG